UAUCUGCUAUCUACCCUGUCUAACAAACCUCACGAUCACACUCACUGACCUGCUACAUGAUGAUUUCUUCAUUGAUUUUGCUUCCAUGGCAGCAUCGUCAAAGAUCCAUACAUUACAUCUCGAUCCAUUAUCUGAAUCUCUGAUUCCAUCUGUAUGCAAGCAUCUAGCCAGAUUUAUUUGCUGUCUACCCUGUCUUACAAACCUCACGAUCACUGGCAUUGGCCUGCUACCUGAUGAUUUCUUCAUUGAUUUAGCUUCCAUGGCAGCAUCAUCAAAGAUCCAUUCAUUAGAUCUCGACUUGCCACGGGUUUAUCAUGCACCUCUGAGUUCAUCUGCAUGUAAGCAUCUAGCCAGAUUUAUUUGCUGUCUACCCCGUCUUACAAACCUCACGAUCACUCGCAUUGUCAAGCUACAUGAUGAUUUCUUCAUUGAAUUCACUUCCAUGGCAGCAUCGUCAAAGAUCCAUACAUUAGUUCUCGGCUUUGAACGGCCCCUGCAUGGACCUCUGAGUUCAUCUGGAUGCAAGCAUCUAGCCAGAUUUAUCUGCUGUCUACCCUGUCUUACAAACCUCAUGAUCACUGGCAUUGACCUGCUACAUGGUGAUUUCUUCAUUGAUUUUGCUUCCAUGGCAGCAUCGUUAAAGAGUCCUUACUUCAUGGAAAGGAAACACAUCCCUUUCUUAGAUAAGUACUGGUCAAGAUGGAGAGAGCUUCAAUCGCCUGCUGAAAGUAGUUCAUCCGCCUCUUCUACUAACCAUUCUGAAGUUGAGCCAUCGCAGCACCAAGGGCCUCCUACUGGACUAACCAACCUUCCUCACCACCAACUAGAAGUAGCAACAUUGAGUGAUUCUUCAAUAGGUGUUCACUCAGAUUCAGGGUCAAUGAACCCAUCGAAAACCUAUCCACAUCGGGCACAUACAGAGUCAAUCCGAUCCACUUCCGAACAAGUAGACUUGACCACAAGGCAACAUCUUGAUGAGUUCGAUCGUUAUCUUGAGGCAUAUCUAGCUGCCAAGAAUUACACCCAUGUUUCUAGUCAUUCACUUGGACACUCCUCAGACUCGGAUACGAGACAACAGUAUGGCUCCUCAGUAAGAACCAGCACUGCAGUACUCAAGAGACAAGAACAACCAACCCAAAUGGAACCUGAUACCUUACUACCAUCAUCUUCAUCAUACAUCAAUUCACGAAUGUUGAUGCAUGGAAGUGGUUCCUCAAUUGGAAGGAAACCUUUUUUCGAGCACGAUGACGACCAUUGCAUGCCUUCAACGAGUGGCAUCGCUUCCUUACAGAGAGCACACCCUGCUGACACGGAUCCAAUCUCGAAUGAACAUAUUCUUGAAAGUCGUGAAAGCAGCGAUGACACUGAAGAUGAUGAAGAGACAACUGCGGGGAGCAUGGAAAGGGAUCGGCACCCACCACAUUCACAAAGUAAACGCAUCCACAGUGAAAGCAGCGACGAUACCAAGGAUGAUAAGGAUGAAACUGAGGAGAGCGUGGACUUGGUGGAUGCACGUCCAAGAAAGCGACGAGCUAAGACAAAUCGGGAUCCAACAUCGCCCUAAGAUAGGCAAGCGAAGAGAGCAUGGACUUGAUCGGGAUCCAACAUCCCCUUUAAGAUAUUCGGCAUGAAAAGACCAAGUACAAUCAAAUAUCUUCAAGAGUAAGGUCUGUUGUCGUAUCAUGAAUUUCUAGGACUACUUACAGAGACCUUGCAAAUCCUAUUUUCUUUUAAUUAAUUCCCCUAAUUAUGUCUUCAGUUUGAGAUCAUUCAUAACCUUGAAGCAAUGGUUUACAAUCUUAUAAUAUUUUCGGCAAAUUGAGUGGUUGCUUCAAAUAACCGAUGCUGAUCCCUUCAUCAUCCCUUCAUCUGCAACGCUAUAUUUAUUAUGAUGAAAUGAUCAAACAUCAUUGAAGAACUUUCUAGCCUAUCAUCUGUAGUUGAAGACAAUUAUCUAUUAACUUACAACCCACGCUCACUAUUCAUCCCAGUGUUCCCAUUACCAACAAACUAGAACUUGCCUGACAUAUCUACUGCCAUACAUCAGUGUAUUAGUAUUAGGAUAGUUAUGUGAAACCGUGUAAAAACGUGAAACCGUGUAAAAACCAGAUGCCGUGUCUGUUCGGUACCAAGCUAAAGUAACAUUUCGAUCCAUGUCAUUGAAUAUCUUGAAAGGUAUAUUGAUUAAAAAUAAUGCACUUGUUGCUUUAACAAGAAAAAAAAGACUUUGACCUGAAAUGACUAAAGCUUUUCAUGUACGUUAUCGUGCUAUUUGUAACUAUUUGGGUUUUUUGCCAAUUUGAGACUGGGAUCAUGGUUUAUUGUAUGCACUUGGAUAGCAACACAAUUACUUUACAAAAUGAUUAUAUGUCAGUAUGCAUGGUAUGUAUUAUGAUUCAAUACAUUUACUCUACCUCAUAAUUUUCAGUGAUCUAUGCAACGGUGAAAUAUCGUACAUAUCGUGUGUAAUGUUCUUCUCUUGCCACGCUACCUCAAAGCAGCUGUCAAGUUCAGUGCAAUAAUAUUUUGACAUGCAAGCACGAUCAGUACUAGAGUGUAUAUAUUUGUAUUAUGCUUCUAUAUUUUGAUGAGCUUUUCGUAUGUGUAUAUAUGUUUUGGUAAAUAAUGGAAUACAAUUCUUGCAAAGAAUAUCUUAAAGAAUGAUUGUUUCAUAUAAGCAAUGUUCUUAUUAGUGUAUUGAUAUCCUUCUCACGUUUGACAUGUGCACAUCUCUAAUGUAAGCAGAUGCAUUUUUUGUAACAUUACUGUACUAUAAUGAUACUUACCUAACACAGGCAUGAACCAUUAUCAUGUAUAUUGUGUACAUCAUUUGCCUAUACAUCUGUUUACCAAUGUUCAUGUUUUAGGCUCAAGGCCAUUCCACUUUUUUUUAUUUCGUCAUUAUAUGGAUGUGACGUGAUAUGAAUGGCCUAUAUUGUAAUAAGCUUCUCUGCAUCCAGACGGUAACUGCUAUAAUCAUAUGGGGUAUAUUAUACUUAGUCUAGAUGUUAUACUUUCUUGCACACGUAAGAAUGAGUAUGACUGCUCAACAUAGGCAUGCAAAUUGCGUGUUCGCGUUAUCUUCUAUGUGUAUAACAUUAUUUAGUUUCUAAAAACACAGUUUCUACUUAAAAUUGAAGUUCAUCAUUUCGUACACUUCAUAAUGUUUGCAGUGAAUAAUUUGAUAUAAAUCAUUUUACUCUUAGAAUAUUUCAUUCUGAAAAUCGAUAUUAUUUCAUUAGGUUUUAGAUUUAAUAUGUAGCACCAAUUGUAAAAUAUAUCUAGCUUUCUGAUGUAGUAUUACAUGUUAAUCUAUGAAACAUUCGGUUUAUACAUGGACCUAUUAUGUCCAUGGUUUACGUUAUAUUAUGCUGCGUUUUAUUUUCGAAUAUGACAAUUUUUAUUUAAUCAGGUUUUCAACUUUAAUAUACAUGUACUAUCAUAAUCGCUUCAUUUUUCCGAAAUGUAACACUUUCUUAAUUGUAAGAUUUUAACAGAGUGUUAUGAAUGAAUGGUUUUUGUCUAAAACAAUUGAUCCCCAUGUUUGCCAAACUGUUCUGAAAAAAAAAUGAUCAACACAUGGAACAACGAUCUUGUAGGGAAAUAAAAAGCUGCAUCGUAGGUAUUGAUUUGAUUGUAUUAACAGACACUACCAUGGACAAUGUUAUCUUUUUUUUAAACAUUUCAGUGUAUUACUGAAGAAUAAUAAAGCUCUGAAAUUCUAAUAUUGAAUGUAGUAGAAAAUAUAAUGGUAGCACCUAAUAUUGCGUUUUCAGUUCAUUAUUGAAAAGUGUAAUAUAUUUCAUUGACCUAUUGAUUUUGAUUGUAUUAUCAGAAUAUUAUGAUGCUUUAUACUCGGAGUCGAGUAUUAUUGAAAAUUAGUGUUGUGACUUGAACCCUUAGUUCUCGAGUAUUAAGACUGUAAUUACGUCUUGAUAUAUUAUGUUUCGUGUGUACGGCAUUCAUUAAACUUAUUUCAACCUAAAUUUUCAAAUUGAUGCCUCUAAUAUUGAGGAAUAAAUGUUUGCCUCGAAUUUGUAUUUGAAUGUCUUCUAAUUGAGCACGUGCCUUGUUAUUCCAAUGUAUGUGUGUAAUCUGAAUAUCACAACUGAUAAUUCCUAGAGCCUUCGUUCCCAAGUUACAUAUACGAGAACAUCGACCAUCAGCUUUGCAGUGCCGGUCUAUAUAUAAUUGAACGCUGAUAUCAAUUAUGUUUUGUUUUUCAGUGUUAAUGCGUACUUGACUUUAGAUACUAAGAAACACAACGUCCUUGAGCACUUGAUUUGGGAUCAGUGUAUCGUUUAAUUUGGAGAUUACGAUUUUGAGUUUACGGCGCCGUGAUAUUUUAUUGUAUGAAUAGAAAUUGCGCCCUCGUCUUUCGAUAAUUGAAAUGUAUCUGGAACUCUUGAUAAAGACUAAAUAUUGGCAUUGUGACGUCUGCCUGCUAUACUGUUACAUACAAUUAUAUCGUUUAAAACUUAAUUAGGCCGGGUGACACCUGAAACCGAAUCAGUUGCGAAUCCUUCCAAAUACACGUAUUUGGUGGAUUAUGGAAUACUCUGUUCUCCAUCCCAGAAUGCGAGAGAUUUUGAGAGGGGUGCAGAAAUAUUCGGAGGGAUUCGAAUUGUUUUGAAAUGUUCAAAACCAGCCGAAUACCCUCCAAAAUGCUUCUUAAUGUGGCCACGACAUAUUUCCAUUUGGUCCAUAUUUGAUAUUUGGGACGUAUUCGGACUAAAUUCGGUUGGAUUCUGGGAGGCAUUCGGUGUAUUCUGGUCAGUCAAUUAUGGAGAUACUGUUCUGAUUGGGGACCGAAUCAAGACACAUUUUGGCAUAAUCUGCCCGAAUUUAUUCCGGUGAAUUCGGUUUUGGUGCAACCUUGAAUUUAGAGCUCCGGUGUCAGAGUCGAAGUUUCCUGUUUCCAAAUAGUGACCUUAAAAUGCAUUCAGUAUAUAUAGUUAAAAGUGAAUGCUUUUCUCAUGUUUGAGGAUCAUGAUAUUGAAAUCCUCAUCAUUUCGUGGUAAUUAUGCAAUAUUGCCAUGAAUAGGUUAUUUAUUUCUAUGUUAACUUUGCAUAUGUGUAUCAUUGGAUUAUGUAAUAGAAUUCAGUCAAUAAUUAUUAUUAAGUCAAGGAUUGUUCAUUUGCAAACGUAAGCCGUAUCACCUUUUUUUCUGAAAUAAACCUGCUCCCUGAAUAAAUGACACAAUUCUUAAA